AGCCGUAGUUUGAGGGGGGAAAAACAAGAGCGUGCAGUUACAAAGUGUGGAUCUACAAAACAGAUCUGACCUCAACUACUGGAACGAAGCAAAGUUCUGCUUUAAAGUCUCCAAAGUGUCAGCAACCGAGACAAUAUGAACACCACUGAUCCGGGCUCCAACGUCACCUUUACUUCUAACACAGAAAACAUCACUCUGUCCACCCUCACCACCACUGCCACCUCUGUCACCAUUCGACAGCCCCCAUCUUAUUCUUCAGACAUCCACGACCCAGAAUUCACCAUCAUGGUGGUGCUGGGGCUGUCGCUGCUGCUGGCAGGAUUUGCAGCCUUCCUGGCAGUGUGCCGGCCCUCUGAACAGGACGGGGACUCCGAAGCGAGCUGCGGGCCAGGGGAGAGUUCGACUCGUAGAAGGAGGACGUCCAGCGAGCCCCAGCUGAAGGUGUGGAAGAGGCUGGGCUCGUAUCGGCGUUCGUACAAUCUCUCCUUCAGACGGCCGCCUCAUCGCAGGCCGCAGGAGCGCGAGAGCACACGCGCUCCCCUGCCUCCAACUCAACAGACAACACAGCCAGAGGCCAGCGGAGAACCCCACCUCACUGUGCCUUGUCUAUUCGACUAUGUUACCGAAAUCUGACUUGAAGAGCACCUGAAGGACGAUUGACUGUGCAGCAAACAUCACUAAUACCAGGAGAGAGUGAAGAGUGCAUUUAUAGUAUUUCUCUAACCUUCUUUGAAUGCUAGGUGGAGGAAACGCAGGAAAAGUAUUUAAAAUGUAGAUAAUCAAAAAGCAUAUUUUUGUUACUGAUCCCAGGUUGAAGUUUGGAUCACAGGUGAUCUUUUUCAUCACAGCUCUGUGCUAUAGUCACAAGUGACUUUACAGUGAGCAAAAGAAAUCAAUACAGAAAAUUUUAACACAAGACACCAGCAAAACGACUUGGAGGCGAAAAUUAAGCCUCAGAUGACAGAAUAUCACUUUAGUCUGUUUCUAUAUUUUCACUCAAAUUCAAGCAUCGCUACCCAACAUCACACCUCUUGUUGCUCUGAUGCACCGAAACCCAUCCAUCUGGAAAUUCACACACCUUAAGACAAACACAGUCACGCUAGUCUCAGAUUAUGGGGGGACUCCCUGUAUGGACAAGAAGACAAAUGUAACUCAAGCCAAAAAGAGAUCACUGUAACUCACUCAGUGUGUUUUAAGGAAAUAAAUUUGAGUUUUAA